CUAGAGAUUAUUCUAUACUGAUGUGUCCCGUUUCUGUCCUCAUAUUAUUGGAUGUCACAGAGAGAUGUCUGAAGGGGAUGCCGAGGGGAGGAGAGAACACGGCUGCCCUAAGGCAUGAGGCCUGGUAGGGCUGGGAUUCAAGGAGAACCAAUGUUCUCAUCUGGACCCACAGCCUACCUCUGUGUGUAAUUAAAGUCCCAUGAUCUAGGGUCACGCACUGAUUUGGGGUCUCACUGACUUCUUUCCAGAUGGUGGGUUCCCUGAAGAGCGGUGUCCCUGGUCAUUUAAUCUGCCCUGUUCACUCACAUUGCCCUUCCCCCAGCCUUUCCUAAGUUGGGCAGCGGAUGAGGUCCCUAAGGGCCUCUGAACAAAACCUGUGUCCCCAAAACAUAAGACCUCCAGAGGUCCUGAGCUGUGACUACCGGCCUGAACCAUGCAUGGAGUAGAGGACCAGGAGCUAAGAGCCUGGAAUGUGGUCACGCAAACACCUUUAGUUUCUCAAACAAAGAACAGUUGAAAAUGACUGUCUUUCAAAGUUAAUAAGAAGGAAACUGUUACUCGAAGUCAGUAUUCGUGGAUAAUAGAUGUAGAAGAGAAAAAAGUUGUCAGGUGGGCGGUGGUGGCGCACGCCUUUAAUCCCAGCACUCGGGAGGCAGAGGCAGGCGAAUCUCUGUGAGUUUGAGGCCAGCCUGGUCUACAAGCAAGAGCUCGUUCCAGGACAGCUAGGACUGUUAUAUAUACAUUCUUAUAUAUCAGAGCAGAGCCAAGAGAAGACAAAAAAAUAAAAAAUAAAAAAAAAACCCGCUAACACUUAAAGCCAAGGUUCUUCCUGUCUGACCUGAGCCCCUCAAGGUGCUCCUUCCUGUUCUUCCACAAGUUUCUAGGCCCAUGAUCUGAUAAUGUCAUUUGCUAGACACAGUGCCUCUCAAGGAGGAGUUUCCAGAGAAGAUGCUUACAGGUUCGCAUCUGAGCAUGCCUCAGAGCCCCGGUGACGCCCAUAGUCUCAGGCAUUUGAAUGCUUGGUUCCCAGGUGGUGGUGGUAUUUGGGAGGCUGAGGGGAUGUGGCCUUAGGGGUGUAUGUCACUGGAGACAGGCUGUGAGAUCUCAGAUCCACAUCAUUUCAGGUUUGUUCCCUCUGCUUCCUGCCAGAGGCUCCAAAUGUGAGUUGUCAGCUGCUCCUGUGGCCAGGAGCCUUGCCACAGUAGGCUCUUAACCUCUGGAACUGUAAGCCCAAGCUGCUUGGGUCAUGGUUUUUUAUCAUGGCAACAGAACAGUAACAAAUGCAGUAAUUGGAACAAGGUACCUCGGCACUGCAUCCCUCUCCCUUCUGGUCGAGAGGUUUAACCAGGUCUGUUGGCUGCUUGGAGUCACGACGUCUGUCUCCUGACAUCGUGUGCAGCGCCCUGUUCCCGAGUGCUCACCAUCAAAGGGCUCCAGUAGAACCUUAGGUCUCAGUCUUCAUUUCUGUGUUACUUACUUUGCUGUUGCCGCAAUGAAAUGCCCUGACCAAAGCCACUUGGAGGAAGAGUUUGUUUUGGUUUAUAGUUCAAGGAUACAGUCUAUCCUGGAGGGGAAAUCGUGGUGGCGGGAGCUCUAUGUGACUUAGUGCAUCUGUUGUUUUUACCUAAGUUUUUCUAUUUACCAGGAAGGUCUCAGGAGUCAGAUAUUGGGCUAAAAACCUGCUGGAUCAGAGAAGCUGAGAAGCAACCCACUGACCUUCCCUUUUGGCCAAAGACCCUGCAAGAGAACCUCUUUCCACACUGUCACAAACCAAAAAGGCCUGCAAAUUUCCUUCUCCUUCCUGUCUUCCCAGGUUCUUUGUACUCUCUAUGGCUAAUUCUUGUCGACCAGUCACUGGAUCAGGAAAUUAGCCUGAUCCAAGGUUAGUCUGAUCGACACAGUCUCAGAGUUUCACGGUGCAGUCAAAUAUCUCAUGGAACAUCUGCAGCCAGGAAGCACUGAUACAUGAGAGCUGUCGGCUUACUCUCUCCUCUGUGUGCAGUCCAGGACCCCAGCCCAUCAGCCAGAAUUGGAGAACUUUCCAGAGAGAGAAGCAGAAGAAGGGGAGACGCUGUCUGCUCUGGAAGAUAACUUAAGAACUCUAGAGACAAAUGAAGUAGCCAUGGCAGAGGAGGAGGACGACAUGUUUUCUGACUCCAAGGGGUCAGAAGGUCAACCCACAGCCCCAUGGAAGGCGCCGGGUCAGGACACCCCAGGCCCAAAAACUCACUGGACUCUCAAAGGGGAAGCAGGACAGUUGGGGGUCUCUGAAGAGCCUCUGUGUGUGAAGGCCCCAGGGACAGACUUGGGGCAACCGCAGCACAGCCUACGCUUCUGGGGUCUCCCCUCCCUGCACAGUGAGUCCAUCGUGGCCACCCUCCUGGUGCCCCUGGGCAGCUACUCGCUAGAACCUCACCUUGUGUUGUUCAACGGGGUCUGUAAGGCUGUCCCAGACCCAGUGCUGGACCACGGAUCUCCAGCCCUUCCCCAGCCCCUCCCAGUGCCCCUCACCUUUGUACAUGCUCAGCCGCAGACUGUCCCUUUCUCUCCUGUCCCUCCUCAGGCCCAUAUGCAAUCUCCACUCUCUCCCAUGCAAUCAUCUGUGCCCCAUGGACGUCCUGUCCGAACACCGCAGAACAGGACUGUCUCUGAAGUCUUAAAUGGACGUGGACAUCUGCAGUACCAUCUGCUGCAGAAUCAUCCAGCUCACUUGUGGGGCAUGGUCCCCGAAUGUCAGUGUGAACCUGUCUUUGGUCUUCUGGUUCCCAGCUUUCCCUCGAUCAGCCAGCCUUCACAGGCCUAUGUCUCCAUCCCCAGGACUGGCCAUUUUCAUUUCAACAGUGGACCUCAGAACAACCUGGAGCCCUAUGGACCACACAGCCAGGUCCCAUCAUGGCACUAUCAGCCCUGCAUUAGGACAGGCGUCCCAGAAGCGGUGGACCCUCAGUCCAAGCCAACAGGAACAUCUCCCCAUGACUCCAGAUGUUCUAAACCUCAACGCUCGGUACACUGGAGUCUGAACUGCAGCGACAUCAGGACUGGAGAACCGAGCCAGUCAGAAAGUUUCUGUGAGCAGGCCUCAAUGCAGCCUCAGCUGAGAAAGGAUGUAGCCAAGAAUCUCGGCCAAAUCCUAGGAAAGUGCCCCCUAGACAACCCACAAGUGAUCUCAGAGUGUUAUGUCCUUAACACUCUCGGCGUUGUACCCAAGACAGAGCAGGAUUGGGCGGGCCGCUCCAGGACGGGCUGGGAAAGCCAGCGGCUCACCAUCUCAAGGAAGAGCUUGGACCAAAGGCACACAAGAAGCAUCCUUAGGUUACACAUGGACAGAAAGCUCUGGCAGAUCACAACGGGUCGGAUUCCAGUCCAGGUGUGCCGUUCAUGGCUGACUGAAGAUUUGCCUCCCUGGGACUCACUGGGAAAUGUUUACUGCAAUACCGCUAUUCCCAGAAUACCUUUUCUCGACCACAAGACGCAGAAGAUGCUGGAAGCCCAUCUUAUCAGGUUCCGAAUGAGUCAGAAGUGGGACCUCCCCCUCAAAGUUAUUGAAUCCAUAAAAUCCUAUCUGUUGAGAGAAGCUAAAACAUGGCCCCUUCCUCAGUCUGACUGCCCCUCCCCUUCCAACAGUACUUCUGAGUCGGAUUUGAAAGAUACCUUCCCCCCUCUCCUCAGAGGAAGCUCUAACCUUUUUCAUGAAGACAAGAUAGAAAGAGACUCAGCAAACUCAGCCUCCACCAUAGACCUCCUUCCCCUCACCGUCCCACAUGCAGACGGGGAAGGAGGGGAGCCCCUCAGACAAUCGCACUCCAGCCCUGCUUAUGAGGUUACAGAGAUGGUCCAGAUAGCUGAGGGAGACAGACCCAGCAAUGUGGACAGCACAAGUCGGGACGACGCUGAACCACACAGUAGACCUAAACAGGAGCCACCUGCAAAGGACCGAGUGGCUGAGUCUGAAUCGAAAAAUGGAAUGGCAAGAUCGUCUUCUCACCUAGAAAUCCCCACAGGUGAACAGAAGGUGGAGAGAGACCCAAUGUACAGGCUAACACCAAGAAUACUCAGCGAGAUCCUCAGGGGCCCGGAGGUGAGCUCGCUCCUUGCUGGGUCUGCUUCUAGCGGCAAGUUCAGAAGCUCCACAGAGGAGGAUGAAGACAGAAAUAAUCUAGCCUCCAGUCUGGUCACGGCACACAACCCUUCAAGGGCGCGGCUUCCUGAAGAUCCGGCAUUGCUGGACUUUAAGAAACUGUUGCUUAGGGAACUGAAGCUGAAGUUGGAGAAUCAGUCCCAAAACCAGACUGAAAGCUAUGAAAGCGAUGUGUCCCUUACCACGGGCAGUCUGACUGGCUACUCGCCUUCAUCUUCCAACAGUAUGUCCAGUGCAGACGUCUCGGUUUCCAGGGACUUCCAUGCCCACCUACAUAACCCAGGGAUCAGUUUGGAGCUAUGGCAGAAGCACAGGGCCUUCAAAUAUAUCUUAAGGAAUUUAACACCAGCUGAGAUCAGACCGGCCUCACCAGUACCCAGAGGAGAAAAUAGCAGCAGUGAGACCACCAAAGCAGGAAGGAAGGGCCAACCUAGUAAAGGAAAAUCAGACCACAAGCCACAUCCUCCUGAAGGCUACUUCAGAAAAAAGAUAGUACAGUUUUUCCAGUGGUUUCAUUCCAGGAAAGACAGCGCAAGGCACAGAUCCGAGAAAGACAGGGCUCUCUUUCUGAGCUGUGGGCCGCCCGAAGCCCACGAGCUCAUGGCCUCCCUCGGGAAGCUCCUGGAGGACAAGCUCUUAUGCGGGCAGAAAUCGGAAUUCUCGGAGUGGGGCCAGAAGAAGUGGCUCAAGCCCACCAAGGGACAGCCUUCCACCCACGGAGAAGGGGAAAGUAGCUGCUGCUGUCCCCAGACAUACCUCUCUUCGGGUCCAAGUCAGACACUCGGCCUUGGACAGAGACAUCCUCACAUAUCUUUUAAGCAGCAGUCACAGUUGAGUUAUUCGCCUUCCCCCAAGGCCAGGGAUCCCUAGUCCCAGGCAGGUCCUGCGUGUGUCACGUGCCUGCCCCUGUCCUCACGUCUGCUAAAGGUAGUGUUCUGAGACCCGACUCUUCCUCAGAAACGGAACAUGUUUCUGUUUAUGUGAGGCAAAGUUUCUGCAUUAGAACCCAGUCUUUGUUUAAAAAAUUAAAAUAUUUUCAGAGCAAUA